AUGUUCUCACCACUAGUAUGGGAUGAUGUCCCAAUGACAGCCCUCGCUACAACCCUGCUCUGCAUUCUACCUGUAUCUAUGUGGCUCUUUGCCAAGUUCGAUGUCUGGAAGCGAAACCAAUUCCGACAUCCUCAAGCUCCUCCCUUUGCUGCCUACUCCAUUCCCUUCUUGGGAAAUGCAAUGGAAUUUGGGACAGAUAUGACAGGCUUCAUUGAACGCCAUCAUCAUAUGGGUCCUUUGUUCUCAGCCCUGAUAAAUGGCAAGAUCAUGCACAUUGUGACUGAUCCAGCCAUUAUCCCUCUGAUCUAUCGGACACGACAAUUCACCUUUCGACCAACCUUGGCCGAGUUUGUGGGGAUUGGAUUUGGGACCUCAAACGACGCUUUGGAAAAGGUCUUUAUUGGCGAGAAAAAUCAAUUUCAAGAGUUCAAGACUUUGCUUGUCAAGCAACUAACAACUUCAGUAGAGCUGGAUCAGAUCACGAAUGAUGCUCAAAUUAUACUGAGAGAUAAGAUCCAACAAUAUCUUCUACCUAGUAGUGGCCAAGCCAAGACUGUUGAUUUGAUGGCGUUUGUCUCAGACUUGAUUUUUCGUGCUUCGGUGGCAGCUGUCAUCUCCAACUCUGCAGAGCUAGGCGAAGUGGACUGUCUGAAGAACCUGGAAAUAUUUGACAGUAUGUGCCCUCUUGUCUUUGCGGGCAUUCCGAUGAAGUAUAUACCGCCAGGAUGCAAAGCCAGAGAGGCGCUGUUCGAGAAGCUGCGUGCCUCCACAACAAUACACAAAUCUCGUCUGCUAACCGCUCAGGAGCAGUUCAUGAAAUCCCUCAAUGGUAGCCAGGAAGACGUUCAGAGGGUCCAGCUUUUCUUGCUUUGGGCAUCGGUAGCCAACUCCAUGCCAGCCGUCUUCUGGACUCUCUACUACUUGCUGUCGCAUGACGGUGCGUGGGACGCCAUUCGAGGAGAGGUGAAGGCGAUACAAGCCAAGAAACAGGAUCCCCAGGGUCCUUUCACCAGUGCCGAUCUGAAUGACAUGGUCAAAAUGCAAUCUGCCUUUACAGAGAGUCUUCGACUCGCUUCCUCCCUCCGAGUGCUGCGAGAUGUCACGGAAGACUUUGAGUUUGACAUCAAACUGGAGAGUGCUGCCACCACUAAAUCAAGGUUUCCCUCCAAGUAUUUCUUGCGCAAAGGAUCCAUCGUGGUGGGCUUCACACCACAGCUUCACAUGGAUUCCGAGAUCUUUGAAGCACCCACAGAGUUUCGGUGGGACCGCUUUUUGACUUCUUCAACAGGGGAACCUGCCAAGUUCUACAGGGCUGGAAAGCUAGUCAACGAUCCCAUGAGAGCCUUUGGAGGUGGAGCACAUCUUUGUCCAGGGCGCAAGUUCAUUGCCAACGAAGUCAAGGCGCUGAUUGCAACCUUGGCGACCAGCUGCGAGAUAGAGCUGGUGAAUCCAGACAAAAAGGCAGAAUUCGACAUGUGGCGACAAGGAGCAGGCAUCCCGCAGCCCAAGGAGCCUGUGCUAAUUCGACUACUAAGGUCGUCCGAUGCGGGCUAG